AUGGCGAGGAAAGAACUCAAAUGGUACGAUAUUUUCUUUGCUCUUCUUGGAACCAUCUUAAGCUUUGCCGAUCCCAUCACCGAUAUUCUUACACUGGUGGAAUUUUACCACGCAGGUCAAGCGACAGGGUUCGUUUUGGGGCUCUGUUUCAUAAUUUUACCAUGUUUACUUUGUUUAUAUCUUAAAUGGCUUGACGUACGCAGUGCCAGUCUCGCGAAAAGGAUCGAAGCUAUACUUUUUUUUGGUCAUCCAUUCUUUCCAGCCUUGUUGAAUAUAGGAACGCUAAUUUCCUAUCUAAAGAAACUCUGGCGGAGCAAGCAAAUCCAACCUGUUCGUUCUGAAACCACUGACGAGGAAAAGGAACAUCUUGUUCUUCUGAAAACCAGUAAUUUUUUUCUUCUGUUUGAGGCCUUUUUUGAAUCAGCUCCUCAGUUUAUAAUUCAGCUGUACGUCGUGGUUGUUCAACAGGAAUCGGUGACGAUCGUUCAAAUAAUUUCCCUGCCUGUGUCUCUUCUUAGUUUGGCUCGUGCUGCAGUAAUGUUUGACGAGAUUCAUCAUUACGACGAUACGAGAAACGAUGAGAUGAAUUUGAAAAAUAAACUUCUACAUUUUGCGACGCAUGUGCUUGUUUUGGGCAGUCGACUCUCUGCAAUUGUUUUGUUCGCCGCAAGCUACAAUGGGUUUGUUGCGACUGUUUUGUUCAACCAUUUUAUCGUGAUAUUUAUAUGUGAUGCCCUUUGGCUUUGUUGCAGAGACGAGCAGGAUGUCAUGUUAAGAAUUCUAUCGAAUAGCCAUUUCUACUUCCACUGGCUACGAGAUGACACGUCAAUGAUAAUACUUGCUGCAUUAGCAGAAAACCGAAAAAGAGAGCUUAGCAAAAUGAUGGUGUUUUCUAAUGCGCUGUUUAUGGUAAAAAAACUUUUCCAUGAUCCUGUUGUAGUUAGGUCAGUUCUCUCACACCUGGUACUCCUUGCCAGUCACUAUUUGCGUCUGUUUCUUUACUGUUCUUGGAGCAACAAUGAGGCUUACCCACUUUUAUUUCUUAGAGAGGGUAUCCCAUAA